AUGUACCGCUCCACCAAGGGCGCUUCUAAGGCGCGGCGAGACCAGAUCAACGCGGAGAUCCGGAGCCUCAAGGAGCUGCUGCCGCUGGCCGAAGCGGACAAAGUGCGGCUAUCUUACCUGCACAUCAUGUCGCUAGCCUGCAUCUACACCCGCAAGGGAGUCUUCUUUGCCGGAGGCGCCCCUCUGACUGGCCCAGCUGGGCUGCUUUCGGCGCAGGAGCUGGAAGACAUCGUGGCGGCGCUGCCUGGGUUCCUGCUCAUGUUUACAGCUGAAGGAAAGCUUCUCUAUCUGUCUGACAACGUGAGCGAGCACUUGGGCCAUUCCAUGGUGGAUCUGGUUGCCCAGGGUGACAGCAUCUAUGAUAUUAUUGACCCUGCUGACCACCUCACUGUCCGUCAGCAGCUGACUCUGCCCUCCAUGCCUGACACUGAUCGCCUUUUCCGAUGCCGAUUCAACACUUCCAAGUCCCUGAGGCGCCAGAGUGCAGGCAACAAGCUUGUGCUAAUCCGUGGCCGCUUCCAUCCUCACCCCCCUGGAGCCUACUGGGCAGGGAAUCCUGUCUUCACAGCCUUCUGCGCCCCCCUUGAUCUCCGAGCCCGCUCUGGACCAGGGUGUGGCCCUGGUCUGGCCUCGAUCUUCUUGGCUGUGUUUCAGAGCCGACAUGCCAAGGACCUCGCCCUGCUGGAUGUCUCUGAGAGUGUCCUAGUCUACCUGGGCUUUGAGCGCAGCGAGCUGGUCUGUAAAUCAUGGUAUGGACUUCUGCACCCUGAGGACCUGGCCCACGCUUCGGCCCAGCACUACCGCCUGCUGGCCAACAGUGGUGAUGCUCAGGCAGAAAUGGUAGUGAGACUGCAGGCCAAGGCUGGAGGCUGGGUAUGGAUGUACUCCCUGAUGCAUCCUGAGAGUUCAGAUGGCCCCAUCACUGCCAACAAUUACCCAAUCAGUGACUCAGAAGCCUGGUGUCUCCGCCAGCAGCUCAGCUCUGAAGAUGCCCAUCUGGCUUAUGUUCUGGGCACCUCAACUGCACCAGCCACCUUCUCAGAAAGCCUCCUCUCUCCAGCCCAGUGUGCAAGCCCUGAUCCGACCUUCACCCCAGCCUUUGGGGGUCCCAGAAGCACAAACUUCCCCACUGGCCCAGGACUGGCAUCCAUUUCCUCCGGAGAGCAGCUGCCUCAGCCCCCCAAGGAGAUGGAUUUCAAUUAUUUGGCAUUCCCUACAGGCCCUGAGUCUACCUUCCAAGGAGAUCUGUGCAAAGAUUUUGUGUGCACCCCACCAUACACACCUCACCAGCCAGGGGGGUGUGCCUUCCUCUUCAGCCUACAAGAGCCCUUCCAGACGCACAUCUCCACCCCUUCCAGCUCCAUCCAAGAUCAGCUGGCUCCCAGCACUGCCAUCUUCCCUGAGCAGCUGACCCCCAGCAGUGCCACCUUUCCUGAGUUGACCAGCCCCAUGCAAGGCCAAUUGACUGAUGCCACAGCCCAGACCUAUGAAGACCAGCUGACUCCCUGUGCCACGACUUUUCAAGAGCAGUUGAUGCCUAACACUGCCACCUUCCAGGAGCAGUUGGCCAGCCCUGUCCAAGAACAACUGACCCCACUCAGCACAGCUUUCCAAACUCACCUGGCCAGCCCCAGCCGGACCUUCCCAGACCAACUGAGCCCUAACCCCACCAAAACUUACUUUCCCCAAGACGGCUGCAGUUUUCUCUAUGAGAAGUUGCCCCCCAGCCCUAACAGUCCUGGUAAUGGGGACUGCACUCUCCUGGCUCUGGCCCAGCUUCGGGGGCCACUCUCCGUGGAUGUGCCCCUGGUGCCUGAUGGCUUGCUUACCCCAGAGGCCUCCCCAGUCAAACAGAGUUUCUUCCAUUACUCAGAAAAGGAGAGAAGUGAGAUAGAGCGACUUAUUCAGCAGAUCAGCCAACUGGCCCAGGGUAUGGACUGCCCUUUCCCAGCAGAGCCUGAAACAGAGGGACUUGAACCCCUGGGCCAAAGUCUCUCCUUCCUGGGGGCUGGUCCCCCCGUGUUCAGCCUGGACCUUAAAUCUUGGAAAAAUCAGGAGGUGGCAUUCUUAGAUGCCCCUGAGGACCAAUUCCUGGAAGAGAAGUCUGUGGAAGACAUCUUCAUGGGCCUCUCCACCCCAACACCCCAGGGGGAUUGGGGACCAGGGGGUCCUGAGACUUCAGGCCCAGGGGGGGCCCCAUCGCCCUGCACCGACCUGUCCCCAGAAGAUCACAGCUUCCUGGAGGACCUGGCCGCAUACGAAACCGACUUUGAGACAGGUGUCUCAGCAUUCCCCUGUGAUGGAUGUACUGAUGAGUUGUAUCAACUCCAGAGUCAUGUUCAAGACAGCUUCCACGACGAUGGAAGUGGAGGGGAACCAGCGUUCUGA